CCCGCGCCGCACACCGGGCACGCACGGGCCGCCGCGCCAUGGCCCAGCGGCGGGCACCCCCUGGUCCCCCCAACGCCUCGCGGCGGCCCCUUUAAGACGGCGCCGAGCCCCUUUCAGCGCCUCGCUGACGAGCGUUCUCAUCACCCAAUGGCGUCAGCGCGGUGGGCGGUGCCUGCCCAAUAGGAGCGGGGGGCGGGGCCGGCGGCCGCGGGUUCGCGGACCAGGUUGCUCCGCCGCGAUGGCCUCCAGCGGGGAGGAACCGAGGAGCGGCUCCCCGGGCCGGGCGGGCACCGGCACUGAGCUGUCGUCGGCGGGUGACGCCGCUCACCUGGACACGGGGGAGGAUUUCGAGGUCCUGGAAGAGGAAGAAGAGGAGGAGGAGGACCUGAGCGAGCUGCCCCCGCUGGAGGACGUGAGCAGGCCGCCGGUCCCGCCGCGGGAGGAUGCCCAGCCCUCGGAGCAGGGCCGGGGGGAAGCGGCUGAGGACCCCCAGGAGUGGCUCGAUGUUUUGGGGAAUGGCUUGCUCAAGAAGAAGACGCUGGUGCCAGGCCAGGGAGUGGACACUCGUCCCAACAAGGGCCAGAACGUGACCAUUCGCCUGAAGGCCACGCUGGAGGAUGGCAGCGUGGUGGAGGAGAACCCAGCCCUCACCUUCACGCUGGGGGACUGCGAUGUCCUGCAGGCGCUGGACUUGUGUGUGCAGCUCCUGGAAAUGGGGGAGACGGCUUUGAUCGUGUCAGAUGCAAAGUACUGCUAUGGUGCUCAGGGCAGGAGCCCUGACAUCCCACCCAACGCGACCCUCACCCUGGAGGUGGAGCUGCUGGCGGCUCAGGACGCGCCGGACCUGGAGCUGCUGAGCGGGAAGGAGAAGAUAGAGUUGGCCAACCGCAAGCGGGAGCGUGGCAACUUCUUCUACCAGCAGGCAGAUUACGUGCUGGCCAUCAACUCCUACGACAUCGCCCUCAAGGUCAUCGGCUCCAGCUCAAAAGUCGACUUCAGCCCGGAGGAGGAGGCUGAGCUGCUGGACGUGAAGGUGAAAUGUCUCAACAACUUGGCAGCGUCUCAGCUUAAAUUGGACCAUUAUGAGGCAGCUCUCAAGUCCUGUAAUCUUGUCCUGGAGCACCAGCCGGAGAACAUCAAGGCUCUCUUCCGCAAGGGCAAGGUCCUGGCUCAGCAGGGCGAAUACAGAGACGCCAUCCCCAUCUUAAAAGCGGCGUUGAAGCUGGAGCCUUCAAACAAGACCAUCCACGCUGAGCUCUCCAAGCUGGUGAAGAAGCACGCGGACCAGAAGAAUGUGGAGACAGAGAUGUACAGGAAGAUGCUGGGGAAUCCCAGCGCUGCUGGCGCCCCGGGGAAGUGCAAAGACAAGCUGCCCUGGUCCAUCCCCUGGAAGUGGCUCUUCGGCGCGACAGCCAUCGCGCUGGGCGGCGUGGCCUUGUCCGUGGUCAUCGCAGCAAGGAACUAAGGAUGGCGGCGGGGCGGCCCUGCGGCACAGCACCCGCGGCACAGCACCCGCGCCGGGACGUGCCCCUCUCCUGCCAAGGGGCUUCCUUGGGGCUCCGCCGCCCCUUCCCCACGGACUCGCAUUUGCAGAAACACUGAUGCUUUCUCUGCCGGAGGCGCCGGAUCCCCCUCCCGACGCCCCCCUGUAUCUCUCCAAGCGCAGCUGCAGGGAUGGAGCCGCAGGCAGAGCAGAGACCCCCCCCCAGCACCCUCCCUGCAAUCGGGGGCUCAGCCCCCAGCCCCGAGCGUGUCGGGGGGAGCGUGAGGCGCUGCACACCGGUACACUGUGGCUGUCCCCAGCCCGGUGAGCCCCGGUGGGCGCCGUGGUCCUGCUGACACGGCGUGGGGGGCAGAGGAGGAUGCACGUGGAAGGAAGCUGCGAGGGUGCGAAUGGACACGGUGGUUUCUGCGGCAAAGGGAUGCGGAUGUAACCAGGGGCCCGUGUCCUGGGGGGCUCAGCCCCCCCGCAGACACUCGCUCUCCUCCUCAGCGCUUCCCCAGAGCGUGCGGUGUCCAAAGGAAGCCAAAGAACCCUCCUCUGCGGGCUGUCCCGCGCGGGUCCCAGCGCUCGGGGUCCCUCUGCCCUCGGCUCCCUCCAGCCGGGGCUGUCCCUGCGCCCCGGUCUCAGCUCUGCUCGCGGCGGGGGGGGUAGCACUUUCCUUCUACCCCAAACUGACUGUGAACUUCCCAAAUAAAGGACAAUUCCUUCA